CCUGUAGCUUUCUCUCUGAUCCCACGGUUGGCCUCCAACAUGGCGCCUCAGAAAGACAAGAAGCCUAAGAAGUCAACCUGGAAAUUUAAUUUGGACCUUACUCAUCCAGUAGAAGAUGGAAUUUUUGAUUCUGGAAAUUUUGAACAGUUUCUACGGGAGAAGGUUAAAGUCAAUGGAAAAACUGGAAAUCUGGGGAAUGUUGUUCACAUUGAACGCAUCAAGAAUAAAAUCACAGUUGUUUCUGAGAAACAGUUCUCUAAAAGGGAUAGAUGUGUUGAUACGUUCAGAGAUGCACAUGAAAAGUGUUUUGAACUUCCUAAUAGCCUGCGUGAAUGGAAAAUAUAUUCAGUAACUGGGCCAAUUACUUAGGCUGGUUGUCAGUAAGCAUAAAUUUUUGCUGGAAUAUAGGCUCCUGUCCAGUACAUUAUAGUCCCUGAAAUCCAAGUUAUAUAUAAACUUUAAUGAUGUUAGAUGAUUUAAUAUUAGAAUAUGUUGCAAGAAACGUGUCUAAUGUGUAACUGGAAAGUAAUGUCUCAAUUUGCCUAAUGUAAAUGUUUUCAUAUAUAUAAGUAAUUUAAAGGUUUUGGUGGUUGGUUUAGUAUAGGCAGGUAGUCAGAGGUUCAUUUAAUUUACUCAACAAAUUUAUAUGGUAGCACUGUUGUAGGAUUGGAUAGCCCAGCAGUGGGCCAAGAAGCCAAGUACCUACCACCAAAGGAGCUUAAAUUCUAGUGGAGACAGUGAAGUGCAGUAUUAAGUAGUUGAGAAGUGAAGCUGAAGACAACAAACUUAAUGUGAGAAUAGAGGAGAUGGUAGUGGCUUGGACUAAAGUAGUGACGCUUGUUAGCUGUUUGGUUAAUCAUUAGGGAUUCAGGGGUGAAAACGUAAUAUUCUCAGGGAUCUUAUAAUAGGCACAUAAUUGUAAAAUGCAGUGCUAUAAUAGCUGUGUUGAAGGUAGAGAUCGGGCUAAGAAUUUGCAGAGAACCUGAGAUCAGCAGUGUUGCCAGUCGAAUGAUGUAAUUCCUGCCAGAGGGACCGGCAUUAAGAAAGAAAAACAGAAGCUUGAGGAAUGCUUGGUAGUUCAGAAUUACCGUAAAGCAUAAAUGGAAGAGAGUGGCUGGAGUGAUGAAAUAAGACCAUGCUGAAAGUUUUUUGUAAGAACUGAGCCAUAUGCUAGUUGCAGGUGUGCUGAUCUUUUAGGUUCAUCUAUUUUGAGAGAGGAGGAGAGAGAAUCCCAAGCAGCCUCCACCAGGCUCGAUUCCAGAACCCUGAGGUCAUGACUGGAGCGAAAUCAAGUCAGUUGUUUACCUGACUGAACCACCCAGGCACCCUAACGAGAUUAUGUAUUUAAUUAAAACGUAAUCUUGUUAUGGCAGUAAAACUGAAGAGCAAGCUACUGUGGCUCUCUCUUUAGCUUCAACAUAAAGGACAUUUAUUUUAGGGAGGUGGGGGAAUAGGGUUUGUAGGACAUGAACUGAUUCUAAUUGGGGUUGAGAAGCUGCCUAAUUAUUCUUCUGUCCCCAGCAACCUUCCACAGUGUUUGAUACAAAUGAAAUAUUUUGGAGGGAACAUUAAAGAUGAAUACAACUGCAUGUCUUAUAUGAUAAUCCUGUGCGUGGUAGAUAAUUAUGUUUCCUAGUGAAAUUCAUGUUUUUAUCUUACAGGUAUUUGAAAUAUCUUACCAAGAAAUACCUUAAGAAGAACAAUCUUCGUGAUUGGCUACGUGUGGUUGCAUCUGACAAGGAG